UACAGCGAAAGGAAGAGAGAUUGGGUUGAUGUUGUGUCUGAUGGCAUUGCCGAGCCAGAGAUCCAAACUCAAACUCUCUGUUCUUUGCUCUGUUUUGUCGAAAUUGCCUUAUUCCACAAUAACACGUUGUCUUUCUCAUUCUCAUUCUGAUGAUUCCACAAUAGCCGUGGUGGAUACCCUCAUCUCCAUCUUCACCAAACAUCCCAACGGCAACACCACCGAACUGAACCGUUUCGCACCAAUUCUCACUCCUCAUCUCGUUGAGUCCGUUCUCACGCGCCUCCGCAGUUGGAAACUCGCCCACUCGUUCUUCCACUGGGCUUCACAUCAACACCACCAUGGCUAUCGCCACACUUGCUACACCUACAACGCCGUUGCUUCCAUCUUCUCGCGUUCCAACCAACCCGUUCCUCUCAAAGCCCUUGCCACAGACAUCGCUGAAUCCACGAGUUGUUCCUUCACCCCUGGCGCGUUGGGAUUCUUCAUUCGCUGCUUGGCCAGUGUUGGGCUUGUUCAAGAAGCCAACCAGCUGUUUGAUGAAAUGAGAGAGAAGGGUCUUUGCGUUCCCAAUGAUUACUGUUACAACUGUUUGUUAGAGGCUAUAUCCAAGUCUGGUUCCGUUGAUUUGAUGGAGAUGAGGUUGAAAGAAAUGAAGGGGUUUGGGUGGGAGGUUGAUGAGUUCACGUUGACCCCUGUGAUGCUAGUUUAUUGCAAUGCUCGUAGGUUUGAUCAAGCUUUGAGUGUUUAUCAUGUGAUGCAGGAGAAGGGUUGGGUUGAUGAACGUAUUUACUCUAUACUUGUCUUGUCUUUUACCAAGUGGGGUGAGGUGGAUAAGGCCUUUAGGUUGGUGGAGAGGAUGGAGGAGCGUGGAAUGAGACUGAAUGAGAAGACUUUUUGUGUUUUGAUUCAUGGGUUUGUGAAAGAAUCUCGUGUUGAUAAGGCCCUUCAGUUGUUUGAUAAAAUGCUUCGGGAUGGUUUCACUCCUCAUAUUUCCUUGUUUGAUGUUCUCAUUGGAGGACUGUGCAGGAAUAAAGACACUGGUAAAGCUUUGAGCUUGCUUUUGGAAAUGAAGGAGCUUGGCGUUGUGCCAGAUAUUGGAAUUUUUACCAAGUUGCUAUCGUCUCUUUCGGACAGAAGUAUGAUUGCCAAGUUACUCGAAGAAGUUCCGGAAGAGGAAGGGGAUCAAACUCUUGUCUUGAUUUACAAUGGUGUUUUGACUGGUUAUGUUAAUGAGGGGUUGAUGGAUGAAGCCUGUCACCUUCUUCAAAUGAUGGUUCAAAGUAAAUCCGGUGCUAAUGCUCAGAUGGAUACUUUCUUGAAGGUCAAGAGAUUGGUUUCUCCGAAUACCGCUUCCUUUAGCAUUGUGAUUGAUGGCUUACUGAAAAAUGGUCAGUUGGACCUUGCCCUGAGUCUCUUCAAUGAAAUGAAACAACACGUUGGUAAACCAAAUGUUUUGAUUUACAACAAUCUGAUUAAUGGUCUCUGCAAUUCCAACAGAUUGGAGGAAAGCCUUGAGCUCUUGCAAGAGAUGAAAGAAUCAGGAAUUGAACCAACUCAUUUCACCUAUAACUCAAUAUAUGGAUGCCUGUGUAAAAGAAAGGAUGUUUCGGGAGCCACCGAUAUGUUGAAGGAGAUGCGUGUUUGUGGGCAUGAACCGUGGAUAAAAAAUUCCACCUUUCUUGUCAAAGAGCUAAGUGAUCACGGGAGAGCUGUAGAAGCAUGUAAAUUUCUCAACACCAUGGUCCAACAAGGUUUCCUUCCUGAUAUAGUUUCCUAUUCUGCAGCAAUAGGUGGCUUGAUCAAGAUUCGAGAAGUGGAUCGAGCAUUGAACUUAUUCAAGGAUUUGUGUUCACGUGGCCGUUGUCCUGAUGUGGUUGCUUUUAACAUACUGAUGAGAGGGCUAUGUAAGGCAAACAGAUUCACAGAGGCUGAAGAUUUGCUGGAUGAGAUUGUAGUGAAAGGUCUUUCUCCCUCGGUUGUGACUUACAAUCUGCUCAUAGAUAGUUUGUGCAAAAAUGGUUCGGUGGAUAAGGCUAUGACAUUCCUUUUCAAAAUGUCUCGAGAAGACAGGGAACCAAAUGUCAUUACAUACACAACUUUGGUAGACGGAUUUUGCAGAGUAAAAAGGCCUGAUGAUGCUCUCUUAGUCUGGAAUGAGAUGGAAAAAAGAGGUUGUUCUCCCAAUCGAAUUGCUUUUAUGGCACUUAUUUAUGGUCUUUGCAAAUGCUGCAGGCCGAGUGCAGCCCUCCAUUACUUACGUGAGAUGGAACAGAGAGAAAUGAAAGCUGACUCGUUCAUUUAUAUUGCAUUGCUAAGUGCUUUUCUAUCUGAUCUUGAUUUGACCUCUGCAUUUGAGAUUUUUAAGGACAUGAUUGAUUCAGGGUUUUUUCCAGAACCCCAUGAUAAAAAUUACUCCAUUGUAAUGGACGCAAUAGAGAAAUUUUCUAUGGAUCACGGAACAUUUUCAGGUAUCCAAGUACUAAUGGAAGAGGGGAAAAUUCCUACACAUUGUUUGUGAACUGUUGGAAGUGAUAGAUUAACAAAAUGGAGUUGGACGACACCAUUUUUGCCAUACUGCUAAAGGAAGUAGAUGUUACAUGUCAAAUUGAUGGAUUGAGACGACAAAUGUGCAGACAAACCCCUCUCCUACACCCUACUGAUGAUUUGCCUACAAAGAGAACGUGAGCUCUGGAAUUUCAAGAUACAUGCUGCUUGUCAAGUUGGUGGAUUGACAAAGAAAUCAAGUAAAGGAGAAAUUACACCAUUGAGAUUACGCAACAUAUCAAAAUUUUACGAUUUUAAAAAAAUAAAAAACUGUAUACGUGCGCAAUCUCAACGGUCAGCACCACAUGAUCCCGGGACUCCAAGUGAAGAGGAAAAAGAUUCGUAUGAACAAUUUUUACAGCUAUAACGACCCUUUCAUAAAUUUCCUUUUUUUUAUAUAGGUGGCAUAUAGGUUUAUAGCCCUGUGCAACCUUGCUUUUCUCAGGAGUUCUUUGGGAGGGAGGCUGUGAAGGGAGAGGGAGGGGAGAUUUUUAUUUUUAUUUUUUCAAUUAAGAGAACAAUAAUUGUGACAUUAAAUUUAUGUUAAUACAUUGUUUUAUUU